CUUAAUUUAAACAACUCAAAGAGUGCUUGAACAUAAAAACUGAGACCUGCUAGACAGUUGGCGUUGUUCCCUGGUUUAAUGAUCCCUAAUACAACAUCUUAAGCUUUUCGUUGGGGCGCGAAGUCUAAUAUGGAGUAUAGAAGGUUUAUAGUGAAGUAUAGUCGUCAAGUGGCAAACAGCUGCACCAUGUUCUCAAUUCGCACCCGAAUGACGCGAUCGGAAUGCGAUAAGACAGCCGGAACUACAUGCGGAGUAACCUACUUCUUUCGCUAAGAUUAUAAAUCCUUUUGUUCUUUCUUGUGUUCCAUGAUUUAGGUGGCCAACAAUUAAUUGCUCCGCAGUGUGAUCACAUACCAUGUCUGACAUCUCCGACUUACUCCAAGCCCGGUACGGCCAGCCCUCAGCAUCUACCUCCGGAGCCGCUAACCCGACCCUGGAAACGCUGCUUCAGCACCGCUCCGUGCGAAGCUUCCUGCCCAAGCCCCUGGAGCCAGGAACGCUCGAGGUUCUCGUGGCAGCCGGGCAGAGCGCAGCCACGUCCUCGAACCUGCAGACCUGGAGCGUGAUAGCCAUCUCGGACGCGGAGCGCAAAGCGCAGGCCGCGACCCUGAGCGGGGACCAGGACUUCAUCCGCGCGGCGCCCCUGUUGCUCGUCUUCUGCGCGGACCUGAGCCGGCUCAGCCGCGUCUCGCAGCGGCGCGGCGCGCCCGGGGCGGGCCUGGAGUACACCGAGAUGUUCCUCAUGGCGUCGAUCGACGCCGCGCUCGCCUCGCAGAACGUCGCGCUGGCCGCCGAGUCGCUCGGGCUGGGCAUCUGCUACGUGGGCGCGGCGCGGAACAAGCCCCGCGAGAUGGCGGCGCUGCUCCGGCUGCCGGACCGCGUGAUUGCGCUUUUCGGGCUGGCGGUGGGAUUCCCUGACCCGGCGAGUCCUGCUUCGGUCAAGCCGAGACUUGGCCGUGAUGAGGUCUUGCAUAGAGAGACGUGGAGUGAUGAUACAGAGAAGCAGGUCGAGCGCUUCGCCGAGUAUGACGACGUGCUUGCGACCUUCAAUGCUGGACAGACACGUGAGGGGAUACCGGCUUGGACCGAUAGAUGUGCGAAAAGGGUGGCUACGGUUGAGUCGCUCACCGGACGGCAUGUGUGGAAUGAAGUUUUGAAAGAACGUGGGUUUGAGCUCAAAUGAGGUUUGGUAUAUGGUGACCGAAUCGUUAAAUGUUGGUUGAAGAUGGUUAAAAUGGAAAUUUGGUUUAUAAAACAUAUAGUAGUAGAACGAGAACACUAUGUAACUACCACAACUAUGG